AUGCUCACAUCUCUUGGUUAUUCUCAAUCCAAACAUGACUACUCUCUCUUCACAAAACGGACCGGUGAGACAUUCACUGCUGCCCUAGCCUAUGUUGAUGAUCUCAUACUCACUGGGAAUAAUAUACAAGAGAUUGAAUCUACCAAGAGACACCUUCACGAGGCUUUCAAAAUCAAGGAUAUUGAGGAUGUUAAAUUCUUCUUAGGACUAGAAGUCGCCAGGGUAAGCAAGGGAAUUGCUGUUAAUCAACGAAAAUAUGUGCUUGAUCUUCUAGCUGACUAUGGUAUGACUGAUUGUAAACUUGUAUCUACUCCUAUGGACUACUCUAACAAGUUAAGUAAAAAUUCAACUCCUCCCUAUUCUGAUGUGGCUUCAUAUCGACGAUUAAUUGGCAAGCUUGUUUAUCUUACCACAACAAGACCUGACAUUUCUUUUGCCGUUGGCAAACUCAGUCACUGCCUUGAUUGUCCAACCACUGCUCAUUAUCAAGCUGCCAUUCGUGUCUUAAAGUAUCUCAAACAAGCCCCUGCAGCUGGUUUAUUUUUCUCAACUUCCUCAGAUUUGUUGCUUUCGGGUUACUCUGACGCCGAUUGGGCAUCAUGCAUUGAUACAAGAAGGUCUGUUUCUGGUUUCUGUUUCUACUUGGGGACCUCCCUCAUUUCAUGGAAGAGCAAAAAACAAUUGACAGUGUUCAGAUCCUCUUCAGAGGCAGAGUAUCGUGUUCUUGCCUUAGCAACUUGUGAAGCUCAAUGGCUCUCUUAUCUUAUGUCUGAUCUUGGCUUACCUUGUUCUAGUCCUAUUCCUAUCUAUUGUGACAGCUAA